AUGGAAUCAAAUUUUAGAAAAGAUCCAUAGUUACCAAGAUAAGUAUAAGAUUACUAACUUUUAAAUGUUCUUGGUAAAGGUUCAAAUGGCAUAGUUUAUAAAGCAACUAAAAUAAAUGAGGACAUGCAGCAUUUUUAUGCUGUCAAAGAAGUUAAGAUUUAAAACAAUUUGUCCAAGGAAAAGAGAAAAGACUGUCUUUAAGAGGCUGAAAUUCUCAAAUCCAUUAAGCACAGGCAUAUCAUUAAACUUUUUGAUUCAUUCAUUACCCAUGAGAGUCUGUCAACUGGCUCAGAUAUUGAAUUGACCCCUCAAAACAGAAAAACUAUCGUUUUAUAGAAACACCAAUUCUAAAAUGGAAGUAACUUGAUAUAUUAGAAUAAAAGAUAUGCCUCAAACUUUGAAAACCAGUUUCUAUAUUUAAUUCUUGAAUAUGGCGAGAGAGGCGACCUAUAUUCUAUGAUAUAAAAUUAGAAAUACAAGGGUAAGUACUUCUCUGAAAGGGAAAUAUGGGAGAUUGCUUGGUAAUUGUGUCUGGCAUUACUCCACUGCCAUAAGAAUGACAUAAUUCACAGGGAUGUUAAAUGCAUGAAUAUACUCAUCACAAAAGAUAAAUGCGUUAAACUUGGAGAUUUAAGUGAAUCUACGAUUUUAUCAAAUAACAAAUAUGUCAAGACUAAGAGGAUAGGUACACCCUUAUAUUUAUCCCCAGAAAUUAUAAAGUAUGAGACAUAUGACCAUAGAAGUGAUAUAUGGUCACUUGGGGUAGUAAUUUACCAUAUGACAACUUUGGAAUUGCCAUUUUAAGAUACUUCUAUAGAGAAUCUGAUGAAGCAAAUACUUUUUAAAAAUCCUAAACCGUUUCAAGUUGGAUACUCUCAAGGAUUAAAGGAUUUUAUUUUUUCAAUGCUAGAAAAAAAUAAAAGUAAGAGACCCUUUAUAAGCGAUUUGUUUGAAAUGUUUCCAAAGCAAAAAUUAACUGGAGGAUCAAUAAUAGGACUAGGUGCUAUGUUUGGAAUAUAAAGUUCACCUAUUGAUAAAGAAAAUCUUGAUUUUUAUCGCAAAAAUAUCCAUAACCUAGAAAGGAAAAGAAUUAUUGAUGGAAAUAAACUCGCUAUCAGGACUGAAUUCGAGGACUUAAAGGAAAGAGUUUAGAAAAUAAAUCAGCAAGAGAAGAAAAAAAGAAGUAUGAGCAUUCUUGCAAACUCAUUGGUAAAUCCUUCUAAUUAAAACUAGUUAGCUUAGCAGUAAGCAACAGCCAGUUAAAAUCAAUUAGUACCAGCCAUAAAAAUAAUUGGCAAUUCUCAAAAUAUACAAUAAAUUCCGAAGUUCAUAAGUAGUCCUGUUAAGAGAUAAUUUCUGAAUCGAAAUAUUGCAAAGAUGCUCAAUGGCAAUAAUUAGUAAAUCUUCAAUCAUAAAAAUGAUGGAAAUAUUGAAAAGGAAACUCAGUAUAUAAGUUUAUCCAGGAAUCUUACUAUCAAAGAUAAAGACUUCUACAAAUCUGAGUCAUAGUCAAUUAACUAAAUUGAUGAGGAAUUUACACCUCGAAAGGAGAGCCUUCUCAAAAGAGGCGAAAGCAGCAUAAUUACAAAAAUUGAUUAAAGUUUCGAAGAAUUGCCCUACAAGCGAAAUACUGCACGAAAGAGAAUCAGAUAGUCUAGAAAUAUAGCUGUGCAGAUGAACAUUCCAUCACUGAGUUCAUAUGAUAAACAAAAACUUCAAGAAAACAUCCUUGAUUAAUAGUAAAAUCUUCUUUAGUCAGCUGAUUUGUCAUUUGACAGAACUGGAAGUUCUCGAUUCAACAAAUAAUAAUCAAAUCAACAAUCUCCCAUAAUAAUGAAAGAUGAGCCUUAGAGACUAUAUAUGGAUGCGGUACUCAAUAUUAACAGAAAUCGAUUCAUGCAAUAAAGAUAAUCAUUUUAAAGUUCUUAAGAGCCUAGAAAAACCAUGAAUUUGCCACAAUUGUCUCCAAUGACAACUCCUUUUUACCAGAAUAACAAAAAAUAUUAGCCAAUUCAUCAGUAUCAAAAAGAUAAGGUGCAGCAAACCGUAAUUCUCCCUUUUAAAUAGCUCAAUACUUUUCAAGAUAAUUAGCUAAAUCAUUUCUAUCCAUUUGUCAACUAAAUACAUAACAGAUCUAAUAUGAAUUCUAAAAUUAUUAUUCUUCACAAAUGA